AUGGAGCACUGCACGGUUAUCUAUCUGGAAACAGCUCUUGUAUCCCUGCCUCGCCGAUCUGUGCUGGUCGCAAUAACUCUGACCGCUUUGUCUUUCUUCCGCGUGGGGUUUGGCCAGAGAUAUGGAGUGGCUGAACCUUCAACACAGACGGACGAAGUCUACGGAAUCAGGCUAAUUUCAUUCAGCUGUGCUGCUAUGCUACUUCAAUUAGGUCUCUGUAGCAUUACUCCACUCAGAAGUGACCACGCCCUGCGCUUCUUGCCCUUUUAUCAUCCCCGCCUCGCACGCGGGCGCGCGAAGGGGCCAUUCUUGACAAUCACCACGAGGCGCAUCUUCGACUCCACCUUGGCGAGGUCGACUUCUUGUCCCUCCCACGCACACCCCCUUCUCACAAUUCAUCUCUCGAGGGCGCCGGAUACCCGGCAGUUUUCAGUUUUCAAUUUUCGGGUUUCCAGGUGGAGGCUUCCUUUUCUUUUGCUCGCUUCAAGCACGAGGGAAACAAGUAUCGGUGCCUAG